CAGCAAUCCACGUACAUUUUCAAAUUGUGUCUAUGAUAAAAGUUGUAGUCCUUAAAAAGUUAUGCGAAAUAAAAAAAAAAAUCAUGUUGUUUGGAUUUUGGAGCACAAAGUUAUGGUUGUCCAAAGUUUGACGAAAUCGGAAAAAAGCUCGUUCGGGGUAGCAAACGACAUUUUUUGGGAUGAAGGCGGGACCAAUCCACCUUCGGCUUGCAAGAUCUCAAAAAGUUAUGCGGAACCAAAAAAAAAUUCGCGACGAUCGGAUACCCGAACACAAAGAUACGUCCGUUUGAAGUUUCCACCUAGGUUAGGAUUUUUCAAAAAAAAAAAAAAAAAAAAAAACAGAUCGCACCAUAGGGGUGCGAUCUGCAACCAAAUCGCACCCUGGGGGUGCGGUUUUCAUCGAAAAACGCGCCCCUGGGUGGCGGUUUUCGCCUAAACCGCACUGGUAGGGAGCGGUUUUUGGAAAAUGAUGCUAUUUUUGGAAUUUUUCAGUGUUGGGUGCUAUUUUUGGAAUUUUUUUUUAAACAGUGCUAUUUCUGGAAAAAUCCCUCACUCGUUUUUCUCUGAAAAGUGAAACGAGAACAGAAAACGAAAACUCUUCUCUCCCAUCGCUCCAAUUCGCAUCGCCCAUUUCUCGACCCGUCAUUCCUCUCUUCUUCUUUGUAGGAACGACGAGGGAAAGGAGUCGAAGGGAAUGCCGACGAUGUCUAAAGGAAGAGGGCGAUCGACUCCGAUGAUGACACCAAUGAUGCUGACGGAGGGAUCGUCGGCGACAGACGUGCCGGUGACCGGGGAUCUGACAAUGACGACGAAGAGAGGUGGCGCGUGGCAUCGACGACGGUGGCGCGGGGCAUCGACGUUGACUUCCUUUGUCGGCAACAGAAGGGGUUUGAUGACGAUUGGAGGAAUGGAGAAGAUGGCUGCCGCCAGUGGGGAUGGUAACACGCGAGGCUGCCGUCGACGAAGGCGGUAGCACCGACGGCAGCAGAAUAGGGUAAAUCCCCUUCCUUAAAUUGUUGUUUCUGUUUUGAAAGGGUUCGGGUAAGAAGUAGGAAAUUUAGGGAUCUGAUUGUAUGUCGUAUUUGUUUGGUGAUUUACUGAUUUUUAGUUUGAUGGUAAGGCUUUGGUUUCUGAUUAUUUUAUGUCGUUUUACUGGGUUUUUAGACAUAAAUUUGUGGUUUAUGGUGUUGAUUUCGAUUUGGCAAAUGUGUAUUGUGUCGGGUAGGGUAGUAGUUGAUUCAUGCUAAUAUGGUUGAGCUUUUGGGAAUUUGGUUGUGGUAGUGGGAGUUUGAAUCUGAAAGGUCUAGUGACUAUGGAUCAUGAUUGGACAUUCUGUGGGUGUUGAUGGUGGGUUUGGAAUUGGAAACUUGGUGGUAAUUGUGAUGGGUAACCGGUUUAGAACUUGUGUGUGUCGAAUCUGUUUUUGAUUGCUUAUAAAUUUUGAUUUUAGAUUUAAUUAUGGAGCAUACCCGAUAAAAAUAAAGUGGUCAAGACAAGAACAUGAAAGAAAACAAAUCUAUUUUCUGUUUUUAUUAUGGAAGUGCUAAAUAAAAAGAAUACCUGAUAGAAGUUUAAUCGAGAUGAUAGGUGAAACAUAUAGUUAUACUUGUACAGCUAUUAGUAGAUUAGUAAUUGUAGAAAUAAUAUACAUAACUAUGAGUUGGUUAUCUUAACAGAAAGAAAGUCACCUUGAAUGAAAGUACUUGUAUGCUAUUCAGUUUAUAAACUUAGAAUUUAGGAGAAAAACAAGUACAAUGAUGACGAUUGUAAUUUGCAUGGAGGUAAUCACUUAUGAUUUCCUCUUAAAGCUUGUUAAGAAAAGUAGAAGUGAGAUGAUUAUGUAAGGUGAUGAUUGAAUCUAAAGAUGGUUAAUUUGUUUGCUUACCAACCUUUGGCUUGAUGUUUGGGAUGGGUUGAAAUGCUUUCCUCCAAUUUCUUGCUGCUGUCUUUGCUUCUUUUUGCCCUUCUUGUCUUUGCUGUUUCGUUUUUUGCGUGUGGUUAAAGAAAGAAGAUGAAAGUGGGACUUUUUAGUGAUAUCUUUUCUGUUACUUGUGGUUGGCGGUAUGUGGACCGUGUAGACGAAGAAAACUGUCUUUUUUGUUAGGAUUGCUGGUAUGGUGUUUAAGAGAAGUAUGGAAGUUGUUUAUCUCUCCUUUUUGUUCUCUUUUGGCUGUGUUUUAUUUCUGUUGCUUCGUGAGGAAAGGAAAAAAGGGGAACUCUCUGUUUCUGUUUGUAAAGGAAAAUAGCUUUUUAUGUUGUUUUUCUUUGUACCAGCGACCAAGAAGAAAGGGUAUGGACUAUUGAAGCUUCUUUUUGCUUUGCAGAGUGUUUUUCUUUGAAGAGGAGGAGCCUAAGAAGAAAAAGCGAAAAGAAAAUUUUUCUUUGAGGCAGUUGAGGCGUGGGGAAGAAGCAGCAGAACUCCCUCUUUUCUCUGUUUUUUUGCUACAGCUCGUGAGGAGGAAGAAGGAGAAGUAAAAUUAGAAAAAGUCCAGAAGUGGAAGAGAAGAAGGGAUGCAAGGAAGAACUCUGCCCCUCCAUUUUUUCGCUCAAGGAACAGAUGGGUUUUUAUAGAAAAAGAAAACUUGUUCCCCAAGCUUACAACAGUGCUGGUUCUGGGUCGGGCCGAUCUGAGUUCAGUCGGACCGAUAUGGGUUUGGUCAGACUUUAUCUCUGGCCGGUUUGACUUUGUUGACUUGUUUUAUUGAGGGUUGUUUGACUUGGGCAGUUUUGAGCUUAAUUGUAAAAUUGUAAUUAUUAAUUGUUCUAAUUAUGUAGUUAAUUUAUUGCAAUUGUCUUAAAUGAAAUUGUUAUGUCUCUCUUUAGACUUUAAUUACUUAGUAAUCAAGAUCCAACCUCAAAAUCCCAUAUGUCAAGCAAACGAUCAACUUCUAUCAAAAGCGAACACAAGUCUAAUUCGUAGAGAUUUGCUAUUGCUAAUUUCACUGCUUAUGGAAAACAAAACCCAACUCAAACA